AUGACCGGCUUCAUGGUCCUCCAAGGCCCCCUCCAACAUCUCAAACACAUCUUCUCCAGAGAUCGACUACCCUUCACGGUUUCCUAUCUGAUCAGCUUAUGCGGCACUCUAUAUUUUGCAAUCGGGCUCCAUUCGUACCUAGGAACGUUGAUAUCUGGACUAAUUCAAGUGGUCGUACUAAUCGUCUACUUUGUAGCGUAUUUCCCCGGCGGCCUGACGACCCUGAGAUUCAUGGGAAGUAUAGGGAUGAGAGGAGCCUCCAGUUACUUGCCAGUCUAA